UAUAGAAAGCAGCAAUUAGAAUUUAUUAUACACUGUUUUCUAUAAAAUGAGAAGCAAGGGAGUAUUGGGUAAAUUUCUUAAGAAAAUGUAACAGAUUUUUUUCUCCUCUCCUCUGAAAAAAAGUCCUUUCAGUUUUGAUCCUAGAGUGAGUGUGGAAAUGGAAAAUCAGACGACCACAGUGACUUCCUUUAUCCUUUUGGGAUUUUCAUACAACCUGUCAGUCAAUACUUUCCUCUUCCUUGUAUUUUUCCUUAUAUAUGUCACAACUUUGGUAGGAAAUAUGAUGAUUAUGGUGGUUACAACUUAUCUUCCAAGCCCCAUGUAUUUUUUUCUAGCACAUCUGGCUUUCCUUGAUAUUUGUUUUUCUUCUGCUACUGUUCCAAAAUUGCUAGUCAUGUUCUAUGCAGGCCAGACUAUUUCAUAUUCUGCUUGCUUUAGUCAAAUGUUCUUUGUCUUUCUCAUGGGGACCACUGAACAUUACAUCCUUGCAGCAAUGGCUUAUGACCGAUAUGCUGCCAUUUGCAAGCCCCUCCAUUAUGUGCAAAUUAUGAACAAAGCAUUUUGUAGGGUGCUGGUGGGUGGUGCAUGGGCAACUAGUUUCUUAUGUUCCACAAUAAAUGUGUUACCUAUUUUGAGGUUAAGUUUCUGUGGACCUAAUAUUAUCAGGCAUUUCAGUUGUGAGUUUCCAAAUCUUCUUGCACUUUCCUGCUCAGAAACUUUUCUCAAUAAACUGGCAUUCUUCAUGACAGGAAGUGCUUUUGCAGGUAGUUCAUUAAUUAUUAUUCUACUUUCAUAUAUCCAUAUCAUUUCAACUAUCCUGAAACUGAACUCUGCAGAAGCAAAAAGAAAAACUUUCUCUACCUGUAGUGCUCACCUUAUUGUUGUGGCUUUGUAUUAUAGCACUGGAUGUUUUAGGUAUAUGAGGCCUAACUCAGCCUCUUCAAUUAUUGUAGAUGAACUCUUCUCCAUUCAAUAUGGCAUUUCAACACCCAUGAUAAACCCCCUUAUCUACAGCCUGAAAAACAGAGAAGUGAAGGUAGCCAUCAAAAAGCUAAUGGGCUACAAAUUAUAGUUAUCUAAAAUCUAAACUGUUUUGUUGUUAAACAUGUUGACCAGUUGUUUUUACUGAGCAGAAAAAUAAAUAAAACGCAUUGGAACUUUC